AGCAGCAAGCAGCCGCUCGGUCAGUGUGUGCAGCCGCAGGGAUGCCCCUGCAGGUUAGCGAUUACAGCUGGCAGCAGACGAAGACCACGGUCUUCCUCUCUCUGCCCCUCAAAGGCGUGAGCGUGAGAGACGCGGACGUGUUUUGCACAGAGAACUACCUGAAGGUCAACUUCCCUCCAUUUUUAUUUGAGGCAUUUCUCUACGCUCCCAUAGACGAUGCGAGCAGCAAAGCAAAGAUUGGGAAUGACGCUGUUGUCUUCACUUUGUAUAAAAAAGAAGCGUCCAUGUGGGAGACUCUUUCUUUGACAGGCGUUGACAAAGAAAUGAUGCAAAAAAUAAGAGAGAAAUCUAUUUUACAAGCACAAGAGAGAGCAAAAGAAGCCACAGAAGCAAAAGCUGCAUCAAAGCGGGAAGAUCAAAAAUAUGCACUAGAUGCCAUGAUGAAGAUUGAAGAAGAAGCAAGGAAAAAAAUAGAAGAUAUGAAAGAAAAUGAACGCUUAAAAGCCACUAAAGAAUUGGAAGCUUGGAAAGAGUGUCAAAGAAAAGCUGAAGAACAAAAAAGAAUUCAGAGAGAAGAAAAAUUACGUAAAAAAGAAAAGCAAAUUGAAGAAGAAAGAAAAAAUGUAAAACAUAAAAGUCUUACUAGAAAUUUAGCAUCUAGAUAUCUUGCUGCAAAAGGGAGAAAUUUAGAAAAUAUGUUUUCUCAGAAGUUAAAGGAAGACAAUUUUCCUGCUCCUCGCUCUGUUGGCAAUAUUAAAAUCAACUUUACCCCUCGAGUAUUUCCUACUGCUCUCCGUGAGUCACAUGUAGCAGAAGAAGAAGAGUGGCUGCAUAAACAAGCGGAGGCUCGAAGAGCAAUGAAUACUGAUAUUCCUGAACUUUGUGAUUUAAAUGAAGAAGAAAAGAACCCAGAAUGGUUAAAGGACAAAGGAAACAAAUUGUUUGCAACAGAAAACUAUUUGGCAGCUAUUAAUGCAUAUAACUUAGCCAUAAGACUAAAUAAUAAGAUUCCACUACUGUAUUUAAAUCGGGCUGCUUGCCACCUAAAACUAAAAAACUUACACAAGGCUAUUGAAGAUUCUUCUAAGGCCCUGGAAUUAUUGACACCACCUGUUGCAGACAAUGCUAAUGCAAGAAUGAAGGCACAUGUACGACGUGGAACAGCGUUCUGUCAACUAGAAUUGUAUGUAGAAGGCCUACAGGAUUAUGAAGCUGCACUUAAGAUUGAUCCAUCCAACAAAAUUAUACAAAAUGAUGCUGAGAAGAUUCGGAAUGUAAUUCAAGGAACAGAACUAAAAUCUUAGUGACUACUAGACGCAAGUAGGUAUUUUUUUUUUAAGUUUUUCAGAAGUAACUGGAGGCAUUAGGAAUCUUUGUAUAUGUUAUGGUUAAUUAUGUAGAAUCUAUUUCUGUUUAUUGAGUAGAGGGUAAAAUAUAAAUCUAUAGAAAAUGAAAUGUUUGGCUCUAAUUAUUUCUGAAUAAUUAAAUCAAAAUAAGACUAAUGUAUUUUAAUUCUAUACUUGUCAGUGCAUAACUUAAUUAUACAUUUUUUUUGGUUAAUGAAUUACACUUGCACCUGUAACAAUUAUUUGUUGGUCUAAUUACCAGGACACUUAUUGAUUAAUAUUUAACAAGCUAGAAUUUUAAAAUAAAAGAUUGUGUUUAUAAAAUAUUUCUAUUUGUAUUAAAUAUA